AUGCCUCACUGGUAUUUCCAAAGGCUACUGAGCGCCUCGCUGCUGGUGCUGAGCGCUUCGAGAUGGGGUAGCUCACAAGAAACUCCACCAACAAUCAAGUACACUGCAUCUCGCGGCGGAAGUGUGAAGUGCCUCAGCGAGAUCAACGCUGUACGCGAGGCAGCUGGGUUGCCCAACUUCGGAGAGGCCUCAGGGGACGGACAAUUGAGUGAUCCAGGCACUUCAGAGCUAGGCAAAGACACUGAAUGGAGAAAACUCUGCGAAUAUUUGAUUCCAACGCAAACAGAACCUGUAGAGGCGGCAAGUGCAGCGAAACCAUUUGAACAAGGAACAUAUGCGUUCAAGUCCCUCACCACCGCAGAACCUAACUGCAAGGAGACAGUUGAUUACUGGAAGUCGGCCUUCAAAAAUUUCUCCGGACUGCCACCAUCAAAGAGUCAAGCAGGACAGCUGUACAACAGCCAAGAAAACGUUUCUUUUGUAGCCUUGUACAACCCCGCAUCUGAUGCCACUGCAGAUUGCCGAGUUAUCACUUGCACUAAAACCACAACUCCUGGAGAAUCAGUCGUGAGCAGUGAUCCACAGGGAAGUAAAGAAAAUGGCUACGCGAUAAUUUGCAAGACGAUACCUACCCCUUUUACAAGCAAUGAUUCUGCUCCAUUCACGCAGGAUCAGUGGGACGGAAUCGCAUCGUCACUCACGGGUUCAGCUGCAAUCGCCUUCCCAGGUUUUGGUGUAUUCUUAGUCACACUGUUAAGUAUGACAGCACCGUGA